GGAGGGAGGAGUGGGGGGGGGAGGACUACUUGGAGGAUGGAUUUUGGAAGUCAGGACUGGGCGGGAGUGGAGGAAAGAAGGAAGGCCAUCCUGUAGCCACCGAUAAGUCUUAGAUAGAAGUUGGAUCCCACACUCCAGCUCCCGCUCCAUUCAGCCCCACUCAGCCUUGACCUCGGCCUCAACGCAGUCCCAGUCCAGUGCCAGCUCUAUCAUGACCAAGGAGUACCAAGAUCUUCAGCACCUGGACAAUGAGGACAGUGACCAUCUUCCUCAGCUCAGACAGGGGCUGCCUCCUCCCCAGCCCCUCUUGAGGCGUCUCUGCUCUGGACCCUGCCUCCUCCUGCUCUCCCUGGGCCUCAGCCUCCUUCUGCUGAUCAUCAUCUGUGUGAUUGGAUCCCGAAGUGAGGGUCACAGGGAUUCCCAGCUGCAGAAGGAGCUGCAGGUCCUGAGAGGGACAUUCAGCAACUUCACAGCGAGCACUGAGGCAGAGGUCAAGGCGCUGAGUACCCAGGGAGACGGUGUGGGCAGAAAGAUGAAGAGCCUGGAAUCCCAGCUGUUGAAGCAGCAGCAGUCAAUGGGUGAAGACCACUCCAACUUGCUGCUCCAUGUGAAGCAUUUUGUCUCUGACCUGCGCAGCCUGAGCUGCCAGAUGGCCAUGCUCCUGGGCAAUGGCACUGAAAGGCCCUGCUGCCCUGUUAAUUGGGUGGAGUAUGAAGGCAGCUGCUACUGGUUCUCUCGUUCUGGGAAGUCCUGGCCCGAGGCCCAGAAGUACUGCCAGCUGGAGGACGCCCACCUGGUGGUGGUCACUUCCUGGCAGGAGCAGAAUUUUAUCCAGCACCACACAGGCUCUGUAAACACCUGGAUAGGCCUCACCGACAAAAACGGGCCCUGGAAAUGGGUGGAUGGGACAGACUACGAGACAGGCUUCAAGAACUGGAGCCCAGAGCAGCCAGAUGACUGGUAUGGGCAUGGCCUCGGAGGAGGUGAGGACUGUGCCCACUUCACUGACAAUGGCCGUUGGAAUGAUGAUGUCUGUCAGAGGCCCUACCGCUGGGUCUGCGAGACAGGGCUGGACAAGGCCAGCUAGGAGGAUUUUCAUCUAGAAUUUUAG